GAUGUUACAUGUACACAUUAAAUGGCAAUCAGCUGGUUAAAAACAUAACAAACUCCUGGAGGGAAAUGCACAAAGAGAAGAUACUAAACUAACAAGUUUGGAAAGGAAACUGGGAAUCCACAAUAAAAGAGGAAAUGACUGAUAACCAGUUCUGUUAUUGAACAUUCUGUUAUUGAACACUUCAGGUACUUUUCCAAGCUUUGGUGCGUCCCUCUGCCCCUCCCCUUUGUCUGGGUGUGUUUCUGUUUUCAAACCUCACAUAGUCCAUGAUUUAAAGGCAGUCAACACUCCUGACUUGAGGACUCAACCUCAUCAUGCAUCAGGACUUGUAUGACAAGUUUUUUCUACAUCUCCAAGAUGGCAAGAGAAAGUAAAAACAAGAAUUCUGGUCGGACUGAUCUCCUGUUACUCUACCGGGCAGGUGGGGCAAGGUCGGUGCUCGAGCUACAAUGGGGUUUCUUCAGGUCGACCAAGUUCACCAGAUCACCUAGUGUGUUGACUGAAAGCGAGAAGUCAAGAGGGCGGGUAUACCCAAUCUGCCCUCUCCUCCACUUACAGAUCACUAGAUGACAGUUCUUCAGUCAGAGGUGUCACACAGAUGCAGUCUGCUUUGUCUCGGUCGUCUGAACUUCCACCGUCAUGCUAUGGGAGAAAAGGUUCGCUUGAGUCAUGGAGGUCGACUCGCUGAGAAGACUGAGAACACCUUCAAGAAUGGGCUGGUGUUCAGCAGCCGUCCAGUGAAGGUCCAGGAGAGGAUUCGUCUGAGAGUGGAGAGGGAUUCGACCAACUGGGAGGGAGCUCUGCGUGUGGGCUUUACCACUGUGCCACCCUCAGCCAGAUCUCUGCCCCUGCCCUGCUUGGCCAUCCCCAACCUCACUGACAAGCCUGGACACUGGGCUGUGCCUGUGCAUGAAUCGUACUGCCGAGCAGGUUCAGAGCUGGAGUUUUGGGUUUCUCAUGGUGGCAGCAUAUACGUAGCUGUCAACAACAGGCAGCGCAAGCGGCUGACAGGAGUGGAUCUCAGCCAGCCUCUGUGGGCCAUGAUAGACAUUUAUGGGAAGACGCGCUCCAUUUCGCUCCUGGGCUCCAAAAAAACAAAGCUCCUUUGCACUAGAAGAUCCUGUCCUGCACCUGAACCGCUCACCUCACCUGAUGCUUACAGUCACUUUGGUUCAGUUCCUGAUGUUUCAGACUUCAGACGUGAUGACUGCAUGUCCUGUCUUGACAUGGAAAUCCCAGCAGAUAAAGCCUGUGUGGUGUGCAUGGUGAAGGAGGCCAGAAUCACACUGCCUUGUGGCCACCGGUGUUUAUGUAAACACUGCGACUCCAGAGUCUGUCAAGAGUUUGGCACCUGCCCGCUGUGUCGACACAAGAUCAGAGCUCCAUCAGUGAAGGAGAGGUGGUUUAUAGAGGUCUAAGCUCUGACACACCAGCCAAGAAUCACCAAAUAUAAACUACUGACACACAGCGAACAGCACUUAUUAUGAAGCUUCAUCAUGUUUGGUUUUUCUGUUUUGUCAAACAUGUAAAAGUUCCAGCAUGAUGAAAUGUCCUUAAAUUCAUGUAAAGAUGUUAGUCUGGAAUUUUUUUAUGUAAAUAUUGCAAUUACGUCAGUAUAUGACGAGACAAAAUAUUGCACUAAGUGCAAAAUAUGUAUGUAUGUAAAUAUGUAAAAUGGUAUUAUAAUAAAAAUUUUCUGUACAGUAUAUUUUAUACUUUGGUAUAAAUCUGAAAGCAAUGUUUGAUUUUCAUAAACUCAUUUUGUCUUAAAAUUGUUAUAAUGUUGGUUCUUAGACAAUGGAAAGAAAAAAUAAAUAACCAUUGUUUCAAUCAUAAUAUUUUCUUCUCUAAUGUGUUUUUAAGGAUGUUGCUAUAAGAAAUGAAUCAAUAACAGUGCAUAUUAAAUAGAACAUGUUGGGGGAUAAAGAAAUAAUUGUCCACACUACACGUGUGAACACUGAUUAAACAUACCUUAAAGAAUAACAAGAGAGUCAAAUUGCCGUCAUGACUGAACUGAACUGUAAAUAAAUGGAGGCCAUCACAUAAGAUGAGACCGAGUAGCUUGAAAACAAAAGCUUGCUUGAAACACAAGAGCAUUUUCAAACACUUAGUUGUGUCAGCACAUCGCAGGGAUAAUGAUGCUAAAGCAAAAAGCUAAACUUUAAA